AUGCAUGUGAAUUGUUAUUUGUUAAGCUGCAUGUUGUACUAAGUGUAUACUAUACUUGGUAGAUUAUUUUAAUGUAGUUUGAGAAGUGAAAAUGAAAGCAAAAACUAUGCCAAGAAAUAUGGUAAAGAGAGAGAGAAAAUAUUAUUAUUGUUGAAGAAGAAGAGGCAGCAGAUUAUGGUUAUUAUGUUCAUGGAGAUACGAGCCAUUAGUAGUAAAGGAACCUUCUCCUUAAUACUCUUCCUUUUCCUCCUUUUCAUUCUUCUACUCUUUCUUCUUUAAACCAUUUACAAUUCAUCUCUAUACCAAGAAUUCAACUUUUUAUACACCCCCACUUCCUUUUCUUGUGUUUUCUUGAUCUGGGAUUCUUUUGUUUAACUGUUUGAUUAACUAAAUCUGGAAAUUUUGUGUUGCUUGUAAUGAAAAAUUCAGUCUUGGGAACAAAUGUAGAAGAUUCUGGUAUUGGUUGAGCUGGUUGUUUUAGUCUUGAGUUCUAGAAAUUUGGUCAAACAAACUUUAAUUUCAUUUCCUUAUUUGUUUAGAUCUUAUAAUUAAUAGUUGUAGAUACCAGACUUGGUGUGUAUCUAAAUUACUGUAAUCUGUUUCCCCCUUUCCAAUAUUUAGUGAAUUCCUGGGAGAAACUUUUUUCUCUAUAUGUAACUUGCAGAAAGGAAAAGAAAUAAACCCACCAUUUUUACUGUGGGUUUAAUAGUGUUUCCAAUUAACAGAUUAGGAGAAAAGUUAUAAACUUUGAUCAAAUUGAGGCAGAAUUGGUGAUUAUUCUGAUUGUGGGGUUACUGCCAGUCUAUGGGAGUACCUGAUAAUUCAUUACUGGAUUUGAUUGAGAAAAUUAAGUCUUGGUUUUCGUGGCGAACGAGUGAUCCAACUUUGUUAGAUUGCAAAUGCAACAUGGAUUUUGACAGUGGCAAAACCUGUUGGGAAUGCAAGUUGAAGUUCACUGAUUCUUGCAAAAAAUACAAUUGCCAAAGUUGCAAUGGACUCUUCUGUGGUGAUUGUAUGCACAAUUAUGAAUCUUCAGAUGAUGUUGUUGUUGCAUCUGAAUCAGAAGGGACUGUGAUUGGUAUAAAGUCUUGCAAGUUGUGUUCUAAUCUAAGGACUUGGCAUAAAGGUGCAAACAAUUUUAGUGACAAAAUUUAUCCUUCAGAUUUUGGUACUGACAAAUUUGAUGAUUAUUCUUCCCAUUUUGCAAUCAAGAAUGGUUUUGCAACCUUUUCAAAUCAUUCAUCUCCAGUAUCUCUCCAUCACUCGCCAAGCAGGAGUGAUGAAGACGAAGGAGGGGAUUGCACAAACCAAUUUUUUAGCCCAUCUAGUAGCUAUUUUCAUGAUAAUUCAGAUAUAGAUUCAAGUAGUGUUAGUACUAGACAUGAAUAUAACAAUACAAGGUCAGUUGGAUCAAGUCCAUCAGACAGCCCCUCUAGGAUUCGUUUUACUUCCAAUAGAGUUGGGCAUUCUGUACAGCAAGAUCAAAAUGAUGAUGGUCCCUUUGAUCAAGAAGCCUUGGAUGUUUUAAGAAGGCUUGAGAAAGGGGCAAAGGAUCCACAACAGACUGCUGAUGAUAGUGUUGAAAAUUUGUCAGUGUAUCGGAACCAGUUAGGGAAGCAAAAGCCAGUCGAUCUUAGAAAUGGCAGUCUCAUAUGGUUACCUCCUCCACCCGAUGAAGAUGACGAGGCAGAAAAUAAUUUCUUCUCAUACGAUGAUGAGGAUGAUGAAAUUGGAGAGUCAGGUGCAAUGUUUUCUUCAGGUGCGAGCCUUACCACCGUGUUCCCUGAAAAUGAGAAGGAGCAUGUAGACCACAAGGAACCUUUAAAAGCGGUUGUACAGGGGCAUUUCAGGGCUCUUGUCUUACAGCUAUUGCAAGGUGAAGGAAUAAAGUCAGGGAAAGAAAGCAGUGCCGAUGAUUGGGUUGACAUAGUUACAUCACUAGCAUGGCAAGCUGCGAAUUUCGUGAAGCCAGAUACCAGUGAAGGAGGCAGUAUGGAUCCUGGUUAUUACGUAAAGGUUAAAUGUGUAGCUUCUGGAAGCCCAAGGGAAAGCAACCUUGUUAAAGGAGUAGUCUGUACAAAGAAUAUUAAACACAAGCGCAUGACUUCACACUACAAAAAUGCUAGAUUGCUUCUAUUAGGAGGAGCACUAGAGUACCAAAGAGUUCCCAAUCAGUUGGCAUCUUUUAACACAUUAUUGCAACAGGAAAGGGAGCAUUUGAAGAUGAUCGUUUCAAGAAUCGAAGCCCACCGUCCUAAUGUGCUACUUGUGGAGAAAAGUGUAUCUUCUCAUGCUCAGGAUCAUCUUUUGGCAAAAGAGAUCUCUUUGGUUUUAAAUGUUAAGAGGCCACUGCUGGAGCGGAUAGCUAGGUGCACUGGUGCUGUUAUUACUCCGUCCAUCGAUAACAUAGCCACUGCAAGAUUGGGAUAUUGUGAGCUCUUUCACUUAGAAAAAGUUUCUGAAGAGCAUGAACCUCCAAACCAUUUCAACAAGAAGCCAUCAAAAACUUUGAUGUUUUUUGAUGGUUGUCCUAGGCGUUUAGGUUGCACGGUCUUGCUGAGGGGUUUGUGUUGUGAAGAGCUCAAGAAGGUGAAGAAAGUCUUCCAGUAUGCAGUCUUUGCGGCAUAUCAUCUGUCCCUUGAAACAUCGUUCCUUGCUGAUGAGGGUGCUAGUCUACCUAAAUUGUCUGUAACACCCUCAAUUGCCAUACCAGAGAUGAUAUCUGCUGACAAUGCUAUUUCAGUGAUUUCUCAUACUGCUGAUAAUGUAGGAUCUGCCGCCUGCAAUGCCGAUGUUGGGUUACCAGCGUCAUCGUUGGAGCAUCAUUACCCUCCUUGUAAUGAACCACCCACCCUAGAUGAUUCUAGAGACAGAGAUCUUCUCUCUACUGCAUGCCUUGACAAUUUACAUGAUAUAAGACCUGUUGAAUCUGUUGAAACAAAAAAUCAAACCGGUGAAAGAUCACAAGUAACUUUAGGUCAACUGGAGAGUCAACCAAGAGAAUUGCCACAGCUGUCGAAGCUUGAGAGAUCAGAUGAAAUUAAACCCUCUAAUGAAUUCUAUUCAGCUGCUGACAGUCAUCAAAGCAUAUUAGUAUCAUUUUCUAGUCGAUGUGUUCUAAAUGGAAGUGUAUGUGAACGAUCUCGGCUUCUUCGCAUAAAGUUCUAUGGCUCUUUUGACAAGCCACUCGGGAGAUAUCUUCAGGAUGAUCUUUUUGGUCAGGUAUCUUCAUGUCAAUCAUGCAAGGAGCCAGCUGAGGACCACGUCAUUUGUUAUACGCACCAACAAGGGAACCUUACUAUAAAUGUUAGACGGCUACCCUCAGUGAAGCUGCCUGGUGAAUGCGACAAAAAGAUAUGGAUGUGGCAUCGAUGUCUCAAGUGUGCACAAAUAGAGGGAAUCCCACCAGCAACUCCUAGAGUAGUAAUGUCAGAUGCUGCUUGGGGACUCUCAUUUGGUAAGUUUUUGGAACUUAGUUUUUCAAACAAUGCAACUGCCAACCGUGUUGCUAGCUGUGGUCAUUCUCUCCAAAGGGACUGCCUCCGGUUUUACGGGUGUGGUAGUACAAUUGCAUUCUUCCGCUAUUCUCCUAUUGAUAUUCUGUCAGUUCGUUUACCUCCAUCAACUCUUGAUUUCAGUAGCUACACAGAGCAGGAGUGGUUACAGAAAGAAACAGCUGAGCUAUUGUGCAAAGCCAAGGCCUUGUAUGCAGAGAUAUCCAGUGCUUUUCGCAGGAUUGAAGAGAAAAGUUCCUCUUUAGAACAUGAACCAUCUGAUAAAACUGAAGUGCAUGACUGCAUCAUGGAGUUGAAAGACUUACUUGUGAAAGAAAAGAGCGAUUACCAUGACUUGCUUCAAACUGCUGAUGCAGAAACUUCAGAACAAGGGCAAAUAGCGGUUGACAUUCUUGAACUUAAUCGCUUGAGGCAUUCCCUUGUGAUUUCUUCACAUGUUUGGGAUCGUCGGCUUUUAUCUGUGGAGUCCCUCCUCCAAGAGAGCUCUGGUUCAGUGGGUUCAGAGGAUUCUGGAUCUUGUAACGAGCUGACUGAUUGGAGAAACAAUAUGUUUCUGAAGAAUGACCCUCUUGAGCAUGUCUAUGAAGAGACUGAAAUUGACUUCUCAAACUUAGAGGAAUAUCCGGAACAGGAGGAGACUCAUGAGUCACCUUAUGGGCUGGUGGAAGGCUCCAUGUUUACCUCGUGUGAGUUCGAGAAAACACAGGACACACAGAUGGAAGGAGAGAAUGCAGUUAAUAAAACAUCCUUGGAACGAGCUCCUUCAGCGGCUUCUGUUCUUUCUGAUAAGAUAGAUUCUGCUUGGACUGGCACUGAUCGAUCUCCCAAAAAAACUCAGAUAAAUAUGAUAUUACAACGGAAUGGAUCUGAAGCUGCUCCUUUCAGGCAACUUGAUUAUCCUCCUUUUGCAAGGCUAAAAUCACCAGCAAGAGUUAACUCAUUCGACUCUGCCCUGAGACUUCAAGACAGAAUCAAGAAGGGAUUGCCGCCUUCUUCGUUGCAUUUAACAGCAAUUAGAUCUUUUCAUGCUUCUGGAGACUAUAGGAAUAUGAUCAGAGACCCUGUUUCCUGUGUUCAGAGAACUUAUUCUCAAAUGUCACCCGGUGAGGCUCAGAAGGUUAAUCUCCUAAUGAGUUCGUCACCCUCGUUUAUUUCGUAUGCAUCUCUUGUACAUGAUGGAGCCAGGUUAAUGGUUGGCUACAAUGACAUAGUAAUAGCUGUUUAUGACAAUGAACCUACUAGCAUAAUAUCUUAUGCUCUUAGUUCCAAAGAGUAUAAAGACCGGGUCACCGAUAAGCCAAAUGUGACUGAAACGGGUUGGAACACAAACGGCAUCAAGGAGAAUGGAGCGGCUUCUAAUGUUUGGCAGUCUUUUGGCUCUUCAGACAUGGAUUAUAUCAAUUAUGGAAGCUAUGGUUCCGAAGAUGCUUCCGGUACUAUUACUUCCCUUUUUGCAGAUUCCAAGACUUCCCCUCACCUAAGGAUCUCUUUUGAGGACGAAUCUCCAAAUGCCGGGGGAAAGGUAAAGUUUUCUGUCACUUGUUACUUUGCUAAGCAGUUUGAUGCGCUGAGGAAGAACUACUGUCCUGAUGAACUGGACUUUAUACGGUCUAUAAGCCGUUGCAAGCGAUGGACUGCUCAAGGCGGAAAGAGCAAUGUUUAUUUCGCUAAGUCGUUGGACGAAAGAUUCAUAAUUAAACAAGUCCAGAAAACUGAGUUAGAAUCUUUUGAAGAUUUUGGACCCGACUACUUCAAAUAUCUAACAGAUUCUGUUAGCUCAAGAAGUCCAACUUCCCUUGCUAAAGUUCUGGGAAUAUAUCAGGUUUCAGUUAAACAAUUGAAAGGAGGCAGGGAAACAAAAAUGGAUCUGAUUGUGAUGGAGAAUCUCUUUUUUGGAAGAACAAUAUCUAAGGUCUAUGAUCUUAAAGGUUCUCUACGAUCCCGUUACAAUGCCGACAAAACUGGGGCAAACAAAGUGUUAUUGGACAUGAAUCUUUUAGAAACAUUGCGUACCCAACCUAUAUUUCUUGGAAGCAAAGCGAAAAGAAGCCUGGAGAGAGCUAUUUGGAAUGAUACAUCCUUUUUGGCGUCGGUUGAUGUGAUGGAUUACUCUUUGUUAGUUGGUGUGGACGAAGAGCGCAAGGAGCUAGUCGUAGGGAUCAUAGAUUUCAUGAGGCAAUAUACUUGGGACAAACACUUGGAGACAUGGGUUAAGGCAUCCGGCAUACUUGGUGGACCGAAGAAUGCAUCGCCAACUAUUGUUUCUCCGAAACAAUACAAGAAAAGAUUCAGAAAAGCGAUGACAAGCUAUUUCCUCACAGUGCCUGAUCAAUGGUCAUCUUGAACAUCUUAAAUUCAUUAUAUUCAUUCCCAGAACUUUCUGCCAAUAAGCAAAAACAAAAUGGUAUUUGCAAAGAACUGCAGGAAGAGAGUUUGAUCUAUUCCAAUUGGUACAUUAUAUUCUUUUUGUAAUAUUAGGGGUAGCAAAUUGGCCCCUUGUAAAAGGUAUAGGGAACUGUCAUCUUGUGUUUUGAGAAAUCUGGCAAAGUGUACAUUUGAAUUAACCAUCUGUACAUUUACAGGCUUCAUCCAGGUAACUAAUAGUCUCUUUUUAUAUUUCUGUUAUUA